AUGGCCUUACAUUUAUCGCAUCUCUCUUCUCUUCCUCGUGAACCGCCCUCUGUUGUUUCUCCUACCACCGCGCAAAAGAUGAUUGCCCUUACAACUACGGCAACACCGUCGGUGUUGCAGAACACCACUAUUACCAAACGACCUAAACUGUCUUUGCAAACGGCCUCUCUCCCUGCAACGUUCGGAAAUUCCAAUACUGGGCUCGCUCGAACGUGUCUCACAGCCUCACCUACGGUUCGAAAUACAUUCAGCAAUGCCUACGAGAUUAAACAGGUCUUGUCUGCUAUUGAGUCGCCCUCGCCUUGCAGAUCUGCCGACAGGGGUGCUCGUUAUGGAUCCCCAUUUCUAUCCAACAAUCAUCGUUCGGAUGCGAUGCCCUAUCAACUGCCGCUAGGAGUGCGCAGCAUUCUUCGAAACUCUCCUUUGAAGAGAUUGACUCUUAGGCGUCGCUCGGUUUCCAUAUCUGCCGGUCCCGUUUCAGAGAAUCGCAGGGUAUAUUUUCCGGCUAGGAAACAAGUCAGCUUUCGGAAUAAUCUGGAGGAAGAAAUCAAAACCGUCCUUUUUGUGGCCCGACACUCAGACAUUGAAUCAGAGAGUGAAUUGGAGUCAGAGUUUGACGAUGGAAGUGAUAGCGGUUCCGACUCUGGCUCGCAGUCGGAAGGUCACAGCUCGUCAGGUGAGGACGAAGAAGCGCAAGACCAGCCUGUGUUGAAAAAGAAACGAAAAUCCGUGUCAAGUGAGCGUCAAAUCCGGGCUGCUGCACUCAGAGAUGGCUUCGACGAUGACCGAAUAGCCGUAGCUCUUACAGCAGGGCCUUCUGGGAGCCGUCGGAAGCGUCGAUGCAAAUGGCGCUGGACUCUGGAUAAUCUAGCUCCAACUGAACUCGCAUCCAAGUCCAGUACUACUCCACUUGCAGAUCUGCCAUCACCCGCGCACUUGAUCCAAGGAUCACCGCCGGCGCAAACACUAUUGUCUAAUGAACCACCCUCAAACAAAAUCUACGACUUAUCCUAG